CCGGAGGGGGAGUUGGCAGACAGAUAGUCGAUGCCAAGUGGGCCACCGAUGGGGGAGAGAUCGUCACCGAUGGGAGAGCCAACAGACAAGUGGUCGAUGCCGGGGGAGGAUUGCAAGGGACAGGGGGACAGUGUUCAGGUGGAGGAGGGCCUGGUUGUCGUGGUGGACGAAGAAGUGUGUAAGUUUCUAGAGACGGCGGGGUGGAGAGGAAGAAGGCGGUCGGGAGGCACGAUCCUGGCGUUCCAUCCGCAUAAAAUGGGCGGCCUGGAGGUCCUCGAAGUCGUCAUCGGAGGUGGGCGGAGUGGUGUCGUCAGGGGUGAUGUUAUGGAAGAAGCGGGGGCGGGAGGGAGCGGGCGUGGACUAGUGAUGGGGGUGGAGUCGUCGAUCGUGGUGAAGUAUGCGAGAGAGGAGGUCAGCAAGGGGCAUGUCAGGUUCGUGGGCAAAGGCGGUCGCAAGAUCUUUGUGGCAAACUCGCUUGAUGUGGGAGAUGAACGCAAACUCGGGAAUGACGGUGGUGGGGAGCUGAUGGCGGAGGGAGCGAAUGUAUUGGACGAAGUGGUCCGUGGGACCGGUCUGGCGGAGGUGACAGAAUUGCUCAAGGUAGUCAUCGAUGGUUUUCUGGGGGGGGAAGGUGGCAGUGAGAAGGUUGGCCCAUUGGAGGAAGGAGUGACGCGAUCCUCCGAAGGCGUGGCGGUUGCUGACUUCGGCCAUCCACCAUUUGGCGACAUUGCGGAGGAGGCGAGAGGUGGCAAUGGGAAGCCAGUGGACAAUGGGCAUGUGGUGGAGCUUGAAAGAGUUCUGGAGCUGAGUAAGAAAGAGGAAAACGUCCUUGUGGGGAAGGCCGGAGAAGGGCAUGAUGUCGGCGGAUCGGAAGGAACGGGGGAUUUCCCCUUCGCGAAAAACGAUCCAUUGAAGUUGAGUUCGCGGUGGGUGUCCACCACGGAGUCAUCGGGGGGAGAGCUCAUGUUGUGGCUUGAAGCACCUUCGGUCAUUGGGGAGGACGAAGGCGAGGCGACGGAGGAGGAUGGAGCAGUGGAGGUCGCAGCAGCUUUAGCGGCAGCGGCGGCGGCGCGUUGGGAGGUCUUGGUUUGGCAUGGGAGAACCGAGGAGGAGGAGGAGGAGGAGGAGGAGGAGGAGGAGGGGGGGAUCUUGAAGUUCAUCAUGGUGGCACCAGGCGAGAGCAGCAACAGUGCAGGCAAGGACAAAGUGAAGGCAGGUGCACCCAAAGAUAAGCCACCGUUCGAGGCCCAACCAGAUGAAAAGCAGGAGGCGUUGCAGAAGGAGAACAUCGUGUACAAGUGGAUAGUGCGGGGGCAGGCAGCACAGCCAAAAGGGUACGGCCAGUAUUGGGUCCUCUGCAAGCUCUGCCACCAGCAGUUCACUGCGUCCUCCACCCGAGCGAUGGAACACUUCCUGCGGAAGGGGAAGCCUUGUCCAUACACGAACGGGGAGAUCCUGCAUCUCUUCGCACUAAGGGGAGGGAAGAUUGAGGGGGAGGCUGCAAAGAAGAUGGUCCAUCAGUAUCCUGUACGAAAAGGGAUUGCAGAGGAUACAAGGAUGGAGCCGACUGGUGCAUUGGCGACAGGCAAAUCAGAUGAGAUGGAAGAGCUUCUCAGGACGCCGCCUGCGCCUGGGAGAGAAGUGCGGGUUGAAGGGCAAGCAGCGGUAGGAGCCCCUGUGGAGGACACACAAGACAAAAUAGUCCCUCCAACAGCGGGGCCCUCCUUCCAAGCCUCCACAUCCGGGUCAAAGUCCACGARAACCACACARACCUCGAUYCGGAAGUGGGCCGAGAACGCAGCCCAGAAGAGGUUGGACACMCAAUKGGGGAGGGCGUUGUUCAGGUCCGGGGUCCCUUUCAAUUUCGUCAGACAAGAUGAGACGCGCGCCCUCCAUAACCUGUWCAUGGAAUUGGGGGCCACCAAGGCGAAGGUGGACAUGCCGAUGUUCGAGACAGUCCGCACYGCCAUAUUGGAUCUUGUGUAUGACCAGGUGAAGCAGGWWGUGCGACCCGUGAUGGACAAGUGGGACAUUUCAGGCUGCACACUCAUCACRGACRRCACUACKGAUCGAAGGUGGAGACCCGUCAYCAAUUUCAUAGGCGYCGGGGAAGGAGGAGCWGUGCUGAUCAAGGUGGUUGACAUGAGCCAUAGGAAGACGAAUGYRGCUGCCAUUGCCAAGUUAUGGGAGGAGGUAAUCCGGGAGAUCGGGGUCCAUAGGGUGAAUGCCAUCUGCACRGACAACGCACAAGUGAACAAACGGRCAGCGAGGAUCCUAUCUCUUCGCAAGGAUCCGUACAUUGCAAGGAUCCCCURGGUCCYCUGUGCUGCACACACCUUGAGUUUGCUGCUGAAGGGUAUCGCGAAACUCCCGUGGGUUGCUACGAUUGUGAAGAGGGUGAAGAUGAUGGUGAAGUUCAUCAGGAACCACCAUCGCACAAUGGCUUUGUUCUCAGCAUGUUCAUUGGAGGAAACGAAGACCCUCAUCAUGCCCACARAAGUUAGGUUCRCMUCAACGUAUCAARUKCUUGAGAGGCURUGUSACAGGGAUUGGGUGUUGAAGGARAUGAUGGAGAGGGGUUGGAACAACAUCCAUUGGAGCACAAGGAAGCUCCGUCGAAAGGCGGAACGGAUAUUCCUCACGGUCCGUUCCGACGAAUGGUGGAUCGAGGUGCAGCGAAUAGUCAGUGUCAUGCGGCCUGUGAACGAGUUGCUGCGUAGGAUGGACCGCGACGGCGCUGCACCCUCACAAUUGUGGGGGUUUGGGGAGCUUUUGGAGAAGUGGUUGCGCACGAUCUUCGGCCUCACGGAGGAGCAGCGGCAGGACGUCAUGGCGAUUGUUCAUGAUCGAUGCAAGAGGAUGAGGCAGCCUGCGCAUGCUGCUAACUUCUUGCUGGCGCCGAACAGGAGGGACCCUCGCUGGGUGUUGGACAAGGAUAGUCUUUUGGUGCAAAAUGCCAUCAAGUACUUCAUGACGCAGCUCGGAGGGGAGACGUGGGGGUCGGAGCAGUCCCACGUUAACGUGUGGCAAAGCUUGUGGGCGUUUCAUUGCGAGCCUCCGACGAAGGAGGAGCGUGCAAAGGAGCCCAUGUGGGAUGGCUUUGGCGUUGCAGACAGCUGUCUUGAUCGUAAGACARCAUCUCAAUGGUGGGCUUMAUAUGGUGGGAACCACAAGGAUCUGCAGAARAUUGCUACUCGUCUCACUGCGAUGUGGAGCACGGCAACACCAUCCGAGCGAAAUUGGUCCUCCCUCGACCUCAUCCAUACGAAGAGGAGGAACAAUCUCUCAUCUGAGAGCCUCGCAAAGCUUGUAUACAUACACUGGAACAUGCAGCUCCAGUCUAUCCCGAAGCGCAUGAAGGACGACUUUGUUGAUGUCUGGGCAUGUUUCUUUGAUGACCCGGAGGCUCCGCCCGCCAACGAUCCUGCUGUUCUUCCACGACCCUUGGAGCUGGAUGAGGAGGAGGUGUUGCGACAGGCAAGAUUGAGGAAGACCCCCAAGGGAAGGGUUCCCAUCGGUACGUCUUCGGACGGAUCGAACUACUCAUCGAGCGAAGAGGAGAUCAUUUGGAGUGGGAAGAGGAAGGAACAGCCGCCACGAAGUGUGAAGGGCAAGGAGAAGAUAACAAUGGAGGGAGAACACGAUGAGGUGGAUGAGGUGGACGAGGAGGCGUAUGGGGAUGCUGAUGAUGAUGAUGAUGACCCAGACUAUGCGUUCUACAGCCGCGGGCUCGGUGAGGAGGACGAGCAAGACAGGGUACGCGGUGUUCAUAACUGUCCUCCCCCUCCUCCAACCACUGGCAUCGUGGACUUGGAGGCCGAGGGAGCCUCACAUGAUGACCGGGAAAGGGCUGCGGCAAAGGCACUUGCGCAAAGAGACUGGGCAGAAGUGCAGAAACGCAUCGAGGAGGACAUCCGGGCAGGAGGACGACGGGGAGCAGCAGCAGCAGGGGGAAGGCGUCAAGAGCAGCAGCAGCAGGAAGACGGUCGGGGCCAGCAGCAGCAUGACAUGCAGCAGCAGGAGCACAACGAAGAGGAUCAGCAGAAGCAGCAACUAGAAGACAAGGGCCAGCAGAAGCAGCAGAACCAGCAACAACAGCCCCCACAACAGGAGUCGGAAGACAUCCUGCAACAACCGCUCAUCCUCCACGCCGCGAGUUGUCCCCCUCCGUUGCCCCACUUGGAUGAAAGUCUCGUCCAUGACAACCUGGAGAUCAGCAGGGUCGGGAGGAAGCGGAAGAAUGACAUUGAACCUGCUGUUGAUCCAACAGUGAAGCGUGGGAGGGGACGACCAAGGAAAACUGUCGUGAACGCUGCGAAAUCUGUCCUCGCCGCACCACCUCCACCAUCAACACGUCCAAGGCCCACAGCCCGAGCGACAAAGAAGCGGCACAGUCGGGUCCUCGAGGACGAUCCGACUGCGGCAGAGGACAGCAGCGACAGGGAGGGGGACGACAAGUCGGACCCGGAAUGGAGCUAGACGGAAGUCUAGACGACCAGCGCCUCUAGCUGUUGUGUUUCGUCC